UGAAACUCGAUCUGCUGUGGCGACGUCAGAGCUAAGCGCAGCUCUGCUUUGCGUCGUCACUCAAUCCGAGCUAUUGCGGCGGCAUCACAUCAGUUUAUCGUGCGGUCUUGCGGUGUGACGACGUGCUGUGCCGUUUCGCCGUUGAUAUUGACGCUUCCGUCGUUUACUUGCUUGCUCAAUAUACGCUCGGAUUACGUGUUGAUAGUUUUGUUUUUGUUAUUGUACUAUAUUGCCAUGCUUAAUUUUCACUAAACAGAUGUAUGCACACAAGUAAUUCACCUGCCGUCGGCUCGUAAGGUGGCCGCUUAUCAGCUAUGGCAGAUGUGUUGAUAACCAACUGUGACGGAAAGUUCUACGCUCGCGUCCCUCGUGCGCAAAAACAUACAUAACUGCAGACAACGUGUGCAAUUUAACGGGAGUUUUUACACGUCGGCAAAAUUUCGUUUUCACUUUUAUGCAUCUAAAUAUGCACAAGUGUGUGCUUUAAACUGACAAUUUAAAAUUUUUGUGUCAAAUACAAUUUGAGAUAAACAAAAAAUGGUGCAGAAAAAUGAAUUUGCGUGAAUUAAAAGUUUGAUAAAUAGUGUUUUGAAAAUAUUUAAAAAAUAAUAAUAACACACCUGUACUGUGUUAAAUGCAAGCAAACACUAAAAUUCGGUCGGAAAUAACAAAAAACAACAAAAAAGUUAAUACGUACAUAAGAAAAUUGUAUAUUAAAUUCUGUUCCAUAAAAAAAGUUCAAAGUGCUUUUAGUUAAUUGACAAGAAUAUUACAAAGAAACACAAUAUAUGCUUAGGUGCGUGUUGUUAAGAUAAAUCACUCUGAAUUAACCCUUGCGCACCCCACAACUCUCAGACUUUCGCAGUUAGGCGCUCCGCGGAGUUGUGGGCCAAACAUUUUGCAUUUCUCUAUCACGCUGGGAUUACAAACCGCCAAAAUUGUGGAGGCACUUAAAAUGAAGACUGAGCUGCGUUCAUGCGCGGCGUGUGGGGAGCCAAUCUCGGAUCGGUUUUUUCUCGAGGUUGGCGGUUGUUCGUGGCAUGCCACCUGUUUGCGCUGCUGCAUCUGUCAAUGCCCGCUCGACCGACAGCAAUCGUGUUUCAUCCGCGAACGGCAAGUCUAUUGUAAAGCAGACUAUGGCAAACACUUCGGCGCAAAAUGCUCAAAAUGCUGUCGUGGCAUCUCCGCUACGGAUUGGGUGCGUCGCGCGCGUGACCUCGUCUUCCACUUGGCGUGUUUCGCGUGCGAUCAGUGCGGACGGCAACUCUCCACCGGCGAACAAUUUGCUCUGAUCGACGAUCGGGUGCUGUGUAAAGCGCAUUACCUGGAAACGGUUGAGGGUGGCACCACAUCAAGUGACGACGGCUGUGAUGGUGAUGGUUAUCAUAAAAGUAAAACGAAACGUGUACGCACCACCUUCACCGAAGAGCAACUGCAGGUGCUGCAAGCCAACUUUCAGAUCGACAGUAAUCCGGAUGGACAGGAUUUGGAGCGCAUCGCCUCGGUGACCGGUCUCAGUAAGCGUGUGACGCAAGUUUGGUUUCAGAACUCGCGAGCGCGACAGAAAAAACACAUUCAUGCUGGUAAGAAUAAAAUGCGUGAACCCGAAGGAAGCUCAUUUGCCCGCCAUAUUAACCUGCAGUUAACGUAUUCAUUUCAGAAUAACGCACAGAAUGCUAUGCACCUGAACGGUAACUCAAAAGGAUUAUAUCCAACGCAUGAAACGUCCAUGGAUGAACUUUCACAGGACUCGAGUGUGCAUUGCAUGCAAAGUGAAGUGUGACUGGAGCAUUUGAACCACCAUUAAAGAAGACAUAUUAUAUAUGUACAUAUAGAUAUGUUGAAAACUAUUGGUGGAAUCGGAGACAUAGCUACACACACACAUACGCUUAUACACUUAUGCGCUCUCCUAGGAAAUCACAUUUCAAAGGAAUUUGUGUAUAAAAGCACACAAAUUUGAAAAGUUAAACCCAGUUAUACACAUAAAAAUCAAAAAACGUCCUAACCUAGUCAAAAUUAUGCAAAAAAAAAAUGUUAUUGUAAACAAAUUAAGUACGGAAAUUGAAAAACGUCCAAUAAAACGGCUAAAUGCAAAUGGUGAGCAAGCAGCGAAAAUCUACGCCAAGCAAUUCUUCUGACCAGCGGCCAGUAUUAAACGUGAAAUAUAUUUCAUUUUUUUCGAAACUAGCAGUAAAGUAGAAUUUUAUUUUAGAUGUAGAUUUUUUUCUAUACAUUUUUUUUCUCAAAAACUAUUCACAUUUAUUAAAAUGCAAAUUUGUUACGAAAAUUUGAUAUAAAAUAGUCAACACUCAAAAUUAAUUAAAUGAAAUUUCACUUUAAUUCCAAUAAAUUUCAAAAACGAUGAAAGUCAACCUUGAAGAGCAACACAAAUCAAUUCUAACUUUAGACUUAGCAAAAACACUAAAUAUUUAUAAAUCAAUAGGAUAAUACUUAUAACUACUAGUAAUUAUUGUGACGCAACCAGUUCAAUUGAAGGCCACUGCUGUCGGCCGUUGUGUGCACGCUCAAAGUGUGCUAGUAGACACAUACACAUAUGGUACACACACAUAAAUCUGUAUGUAGUACGAAAACACAUGCGCCGGCGCAGUGGUGUUAUUUCCAUGUAAGAAAGUUAACUUGCAUUAACUCUAACAUUCCUUAAAAGUAAUUUAAGAUUUCAUUAGCAUAUACUUUAAAUCAAUUAUAACUGUUAAGUUUAGCAAAACAAACAAACCAACAAAGAGUAAAUACAUACAAGUGCAUAUAAAUGCAUAUGUAUGUACAUAUAAUUAACUAAGACCCUGUAUAUAAUACCUCGUUUGCACCUGAAAAAAAAUCAUAAAAAUUAAAAAAAUAUUCACACAUACACAUUUAUGAUCUGCGUAUAUUUAGUUUUGUAUAUAGUUGAGCUAGUGGCUACGCCUAAUGUUAGUUAAUAAAAUUAAAUUAAUAUUUUUCCUCAAAUAAAUAUUUUAUACUUAUUUAUAGAAAUAUGUAUAGCUGUGUAUGUACGUUAUGCAUAAUCACUUUGACUUACACAGCCUGCUCUUGUACGUUUGUAUGUAUUGAAGCUUCGUAUCGCCUUUCUGAAAUAUACCCUAAGCUAUUGUAAAAUAUUUAAUGUACAUACAUAUGGUACAUACAUACUUAGAAGUGUAUGUUAAUUACUUAUAUUGUAUUAUUAGAAAUUGUUAUUGUUUAUUUCUUGUUUUUUAAAUUUGUAAACAAAUCAAAAUAUAUACUCUAACUUAUAUUUCAGUUGAACUAAAUAAAUUACAGAAAUGUAAAAAUAUAAGCAUAAAUUGUAAAUUGAGUAUGCAUACUUGCCAAUAUUAAAAGUAAACAAAAUACUAAACAAAUUAUAAAGAAUCUAACAGCUAGUUAACAC